CACUAGGCCACGUUAGGCUGCGGGCCCGUGGCCCUGGCUCGCCUCUCCAAGGGGAAGCCUCUGGAGGAUUCUGUAGCGUUCGGGGAAGCCCAGGUACCAGGUCCCUAGGGGCCCCGCACUGCCCGGUUGCCAAGGGAACCGCCACGCGCCGCUGUGCCCGCCGACUAGCGGGUGUGUGAGAGGCCAGCGGGCAGGCCAGGCAUGGAGCUGCCGGACCCUGUUCGCCAGCGCCUGAGCAACCUCAGCCUCACCGUGUUCGGCGACUCCAGCCGCACCGGGCCAGAGUCCAGUGAUGCGGCCGAUAAUGAAAUGGUCUCCAGCCUGGCCUUGCAGAUGUCCCUUUAUUUUAACUCUUACUUUUUCCCACUGUGGUGGGUGAGCUGCAUUGUGAUGCUGCACCUGAAGUAUUCCAUCUUGCCUGACUACUACAAAUUCAUUGUGGUUACUGUCGUCAUCCUCAUAACCUUGAUUGAAGCGAUCCGGUUAUACCUGGGCUGCAUGGGUAACCUUCAGGAGAAGGUUCCUGAGCUAGCUGGCUUUUGGCUUCUGAGCCUUCUACUGCAGUUGCCUUUAAUCCUUUUCUUGCUCCUUAAUGAUGGCCUAAGGAAUCUGCCCCUGGAGAAAGCAAUACAUAUCAUCUUCACCAUCUUUCUUACUUUCCAAGUCAUCUCAGCAUUUCUGACCCUAAAGAAAAUGGUCAACCAGCUGGCAGCCCGUUUCCACCUCCAGGACUUUGAUCAGCUGUCUUCAAGCAGUGCAGCUGUAAGGAGGGUAAGACAAUGCACGGAAGAGCUCUGACCACCUGCUGACCAUAUGCUGAGUGGUGAACGACAGAAAGAUGAUACAAGAGGACCAGGAAGUGAGAGAGUGACAGGACAUCUGAGUCGGGCCCGAGAAAGGGGACAUACGUGCUGGGGUGUGUCCUCCAGCUCUGAAAUCCCCAUGGAGGCAAUGCCAAGGCUCACUCAUAUCAACCCUGCAGCUGAGGGGAUAUUCCUGAUGUUGGAUGAGUCUGUUGGCAGUUUCAUACCACCGUUUCUAUAAUAUUUCUGAUUAUAAUCUGUGACAAGAAAUGUAUGGCACUUCAGACGAAAUUGCUUUGUUCAGUGGAAUCUCACCAAGUGUGACAACACCCUCCAGGACAUGUCCUAGCUCAGGGGGAGUCAGCUAAUAUAAAAUGAACUCCGUGGUAUUCUUGUGGACUUUUUGUUUUAUUUUGCUUUGGUUUUGGCAUUUCUGUCUUAUUAUUAAAGAGUAAAAAGAUGAGAUGGAGUUGGGAAAGGGGAAAACAUGAAAAAUAUAUGGUAUGAAGAAAAGAAUUAAUAGAAGGCCAUAAAACAUAAGCUAUUGAUAUUAAAAUAUCCACAACA